AGUCCGCGUUAUCGAGGCGAUUACUUCUGAUUUGUGCAUUUUUCUUGUAUUUUUCAACAAAUUUAGAUCCACAACUAUCAUAAUGGCAACCACGGCCAAGCCACGCUCGGAGAUGACUUUGGAAGAGUUAGCUAAGAUUGAGGAGGAAGAAUUCAGCACAGGUCCUCUCUCCGUGCUAACACAGUCCGUGAAGAACAAUACUCAAGUUCUGAUCAACUGCAGGAACAAUAAAAAGUUGUUGGGCCGUGUCAAGGCCUUCGACCGGCAUUGUAACAUGGUUCUUGAAAAUGUAAAGGAAAUGUGGACUGAAGUGCCGAGGACUGGUAAAGGAAAGAAGGGCAAAGCUGUUAACAAGGACAAGUUCAUUUCCAAGAUGUUCCUCCGCGGAGACUCUGUCAUCCUGGUUCUAAGGAAUCCUCUCGCCACCGCUGCGGGAAAGUAAACUAAGUUUAAGGUACCAAAGUCAUCUAUUGUCAAAAAGCCACAAUUUUCUAACCCGCUAUCAAUAUCUAAAUGUAAUUUAAAUAAUGUGGUGAAUUAAAAAAAAAUGAGAUUCCAAUAUAAUUUUAUUUCAACCAAUUUUCAUGUGGUUGUUUUGCAAUGGAUGCAUUAGAUGUAAUUUUAUAAGUUUCAAUAUAAGGUUUAUAAUUAUU